AUGCCUCGGGGUCAGAAGAGUAAGCUUCGCGCCCGUGAAAAACGCCGCCAGGCUCGACAAGAGUCCAGUGAUCGGGUGGAAGCUCAGCCCACUGAACCAGAGGAAGAAUUCCCUUCUUCCCCAUCUCCUUCUUUUGAAGAUGUUCCCCAGAGCUCAGCUGCCACUGGAACAUCCAGCAGUCUUCAAGUGCCUGGCAAAAUCUGCUCCACCACUGUUGCUGCCUCUGUUUCAGAUGCAAAAUUUAGUGAAGGUGCCACUGAUCAAGGAGAGGAAAAGCCAAAAGUCCCUCAGAGUCAAGAUACCACUAAGCGCUGUCCCAAAGAUCCCGUAGACAAGAAGGUUGCUUUGUUGGUGAAUUACCUUCUGAUCAAGUAUCAAAUGAAAGAGCCUGUGACCAAGAGAGAUAUGCUGAGAAAUGUAAUCCAGAAGUACAAGAAUCACUUCAGUGAGAUCCUCAGGAAAGCCUCUGAGCAUCUGGAGCUGCUGUUUGGCCUCGACGUGAAAGAAACGGAUCCCAACAAGGGUACUUAUGUCCUUGUCAAUAAAAUGGAACUGGGCUCUGACGAAAAGCUGGGUGAUGACAGAGAGAUUCCCAAGACUGGUCUGCUGAUGAUUGUCCUGGGUGUGAUCCUCACGAAGGGCAACUGCGCCACUGAGGAGCAAGUGUGGGAAGUGCUGAAUAUGAUGGAGUUAUAUGAGGAGAAGAAGGACACCAUCUAUGGGGAUGUGAAGCAGCUCAUCACCAAAGAUUUAGUGCAGGAAAAGUAUCUGGAGUACCGCCAGGUGGCCAAUAGUGAUCCUCCACGCUAUGAGUUUCUGUGGGGCCCGAGAGCCUACACUGAAACCACCAAGAUGAAAGUGCUGGAGUUUGUAGCUAAGAUCCAUGAUACGGUCCCCGCUGCCUUCCCAUCCUUGUAUAAGGAGGCUUUGAGAGAUGAGGAAGAGAGAGCCCAAGCUAGAGCUUCAGCCAGGGCUCAUACUGCUGCUUUGGCCAGUGCCCGCUCCUGGGCCACAGCCCGCGGCUUUUCCUGCACCAAAUGA